CUAUAGGUGCAGGCUUGGGGGUCGCUUGGAGGGCGUGCUGGUCCGAUUUUAGGCUGGUAUUUGAGCACGGACAGAGCCUGGCCAAAGGACGCUUCAACUCCCCUCCUCAAAGCACCAGGUCCCUUAACUUCCCGAGAGUGUCCGGGUCAUCAGCCAAUUGGGGGUCAUGCAGCUCCGAUGCAUUGCCUGGGUCCUUGUGGGGGCCUCAGUGGUUGCAAGCGACGGUAUGUUGCUGGCGGCAUCCGAUGGCCCCCCCACGAUGCCCACCCUGACGGGAAGCGGAGUCAUGUCAAGCCUGGUCGCUGCCGCCGCGGCCUCUGGAGGAAAGGGCCAACGGAAGGCAUCGGCUCUGUUCUCGUCUGAAUGGUCAUCCUUUAAGUGGCGAAGAAAAUCUUCGCAAGCCAAAAGCAGGACGCCAUGGUUCAUUCCACCGGAGUUGAUGUGUGUGCCGCGGGAGAAGGACCGGGAGGGCGUAGAGGCGGAAAAAAGGGGGAUCGAUGCUCAUGCUGCAACAGCCUUAUCGCGAGAGGAUGCAGACGAAGGUCUUGAAAAGGCCACGACCACGUCUCUGCUUGAAGAGGAAGUAGACACCGCAACGCCCGCAGGCGUCGUCAGCCGCACGGAGGCCAGCAUCUUGGAAGUCAGCAGCUCGGAGAUCCACAGUCACGAGGACAGAGACGUGAAGAAAAAUAUGACAACGACACUUGCUGGAGUGAAGUCCAUCGUGGAGGGGGAAGAAGCCGACGAACGGGAGGAGGAGAAAUUGAGAGAGGACGCGGAGCCCCCUUCCCCGCCUCGCCUGCGACCCGUUUCGAAGCCCAGCGCCAAGCGAGCGCCGAUCCUCCGUAAGAGAAGGGAGGACGACGAGUUGUCGAUUCCUUGCGGUCGGUCCCUUUCCUCGGCAUUGAGCGUGAUUGGGGGCGGAUUGCCCUUACGUCGCGGAGGCAGCGACACCGUCUGUGCGACUGGGGGAGAGCGGGCCGCGAGCAGUGUUCACUCGCCGUCUACCACGACAACCCGCGGCAUCCACUCCGCAGGGGAGGUGGAGAUCGAUGCUUGGGAGGAGAGGAUCGAGGAAGGCGAGGGGGCCCUCUCGGUGACGCGCUCGACCUGGCAUUAUGAGGCCGUGGUGAUUGAGGCUGGGGCGUCGGACGGGAGGGUGGAGGCGGAGGGGCACCUCGAGGUCUCGCAGGGCCCUCGACUCGGGAUCCUGGACGACGGGCUAGAAGAGGAGGAGGGAGAAACGGAGCUGGCUGCGCGUUUGAGGGCAGAAACGGCCCAACGAGUGGGAGGCUUGUCCGUGGAGAAGAGGGCGGCCUUGGAACGAGUCCGCAUUGCUCUGUACGGUCCCGACGUGGAUCCGCGCCGAGUGGCCGCGGUGGACCAAUUGGUGGUUUGCGGAGACCGGGACGCGAUGAUCCUUUCUUUCCUGGCUCGGAAGGAUUUCGACGCGGACACGGCCCUGCGAUCCUUCGACAGGGUCAUCCGGUGGCGGAUGGCGCAAGACAUCGAGGAAGUGUUUGAGGGAGAGCGACUGGCGCGACGCAAGGUGGAGAAGCACCGAGCCUGCUGGCCGACCGCCUUCUAUUUCAGUCAAGACCAUGCGGGCGAUCCGAUCUUUGUGGACCGGAUGGGCCUUCUGGAGUUGGCGCGCUUGCGGACCGGCCCCGAGGCCCUGGGCUUGACGGACAUGAUCACGUACUACAUCCAGACCAUGGAGGGCCGCCGACGCCUCCUCUUCCCACACCUGUCUCGGCGCAGCGGACGCCUCAUUAGUCAGUACGUGAGCGUGGUGGAUGUCAAGCAUUUUGGCCCACAGCAUUUCGGGAGACACGCGCUUCAAUUCAUGCGCUCUCUGGGCGACGUGCACGACGAGAACUACUCAGACCUGGUCAAGUCCCUUUACAUCAUCAACGCCCCCUUCUUCUUCCACAAGGUUUUCCACCUCAUCUCUUGCAUGAUGUCGCAGGAGCUCAAGGACCGUCUGAAAGUCUUGAACAAGAGAGAAUCCUUGCGUGAGCUAUCCCAGAUCCUGCCGCCGGAUCUUGCCCGACGCAUAGUGGAGGGAGACCCGGCCGGGGAGAGGGAGGGCGAGAGGGAGCUGCAUGCUUUCUUGGACAGGGCGGCCAGGGCAGGACUCCACCGGCGGCGAUGGGUGUAGAUUCGAGUGUCGGUCCCGGUGUGGGCGGCGAUGGACACGGUGGUAAUGGAACGCUUGAAGCGCAGGGGGAGGAAAAGCAGAGGAUACUGCAUACUGAAGGCUGUCAAAUAGAAUCUAAGCGAGGCAUCAUAAAUCUAAAGCGACCUUUGUGAGUUGAAAGUAGAGGCUCACUGCCAAGUGUGGAAUAUAAGAAAGCUGGUCGUAGGCGUGGAUCAAGCCCUGCCGAGCGUGCUUCAUUAAGCGGCCAAAGGGUCGGAGCGCACCGACAUGAUGAAAUGUCAGGCAACAGUCUAAAAUACGUCUAAUGAAUGAACAUCCACACGCACAACAUGCAGCCCCCUG